UUGUUUAGAUAACGAAACAGAAAAAAAAUCAAGUGAUUUUUCAUUUAGUUUGCAUUUCAUUCAUUCAUAUAUUGUAUAUGUGUGACAAUUGAACAAUAGAAAAAAAAAAUUCACACAAUUUACACAAUGAGAAUAACAAGAAUUCUUUAUCGUGAAGUCCUCAAACAAGUGGACUAUUAUUCACGUUUUAAUCCAUCACCACUUUCGAUUGAAAAAUUUCUUCAAUUUGGCCAAGAAAAAUGUGAAAAAACAUCAUUCCUAUUUUUACGUAAAGAAUUACCAGUUCGUAUAGCGAACAUUAUGAAAGAAUUACAUCUAUUACCAAAUAGCCUAUUAGAGAUGCCUUCAGUUGAAUUAGUUAAAAGCUGGUAUGAACGAAGUUUUGAUGAAAUAUUAAACUUUGAAAAUGCAUCAUCAGAUUCGGCUCAAGUACUGGAAUUAUUUUGUGAUACAUUGGUCAAAAUACGUAAUCGUCAUUCGAAUGUUGUCGAAACAAUGGCUCAAGGAAUUAUUGAAUUGAAACAAUCAUCAUCGGUUGAUCAACAUCUUGAACAUUGUAUACAAUAUUUUCUGAAUCGAUUCUAUAUGAGUCGUAUUUCAAUUCGUAUGCUCAUCAAUCAACAUGCUGCAUUAUUCGGUUCAGAUCUUCAUAACCAAAGUCCACGUAAUAUUGGCUGUAUUGAUCCUAAUUGCGAUGUAAAAGCAAUAGCCUAUGAUGCCUAUGAUAAUGCUCGUUUUCUUUGUGACCAAUAUUAUUUGACAUCACCUGGUAUCGAUAUUGAAACAUUAAAUGCUUCCGAUCCAGACGGUCCAGUGACAAUAGUAUAUACACCUUCUCAUCUUUAUCAUAUCUUGUUUGAAUUGUAUAAAAAUGCAAUGCGAGCUGUUGUUGAAUCACAUCAUGAAGAUGAUGAUCUGCCAGCAAUCAAAACCAUAAUCGUCAAAGCCAAAGAAGAUUUGACCAUUAAGAUCUGUGACAAAGGUGGCGGAAUUCCACGUUCAUCACGUGACAUGUUAUUUCAAUACAUGUAUUCAACGGCACCACAACCAUCUGCUUCUGGAAUGAAUUCUGCACCAUUAGCCGGUUAUGGUUAUGGUUUACCAAUAUCACGAUUAUAUGCUCGAUAUUUACAAGGUGAUCUAGUAAUAUCAUCACUUGAAGGUUAUGGUACCGAUGCAAUAAUUUAUCUAAAAGUUUUAUCAAGCGAAGCAAAUGAAUUAUUGCCCGUAUUUAAUAAAACAUCAAGUAAACAUUAUACAUCUAUACAAGGAACACAUGAUUGGAGUUCCGGUAGCACUAAUAAUACUAAUGGUAAUGGUAAAUGGAAUGAUCGAAUGAGCGUAUCCAACUAAAAAUUAUUUU